CAAAAGAGAAUGGGAUCAUUAUUUGCCUUAUCAAAAAAUAAGGAAGAGAAUACAGGAGAAAAGGAUUCGGAACAAGAGUUGGAGGAUAUGGAGAAACACAAUGUGCCAGUUGCGGUUAAGCCAAAACUAUUUACAGCUACUCAUUAUAUGCAAUGUUUUGACAAGACAGAGAGAUACCCUCCUAUUAAGGACGCUUUGGAUGACCUCAAGUGUAUAUAUUCAGAAAGCUUCAUUGAUGAUUUAUAUGAGAAGCAUAAGGCAUCAACCUCAAAAGUAGUCACUUCUAUCUGGACUAAAGAGAAAAAAUUCACAAGACUCAUCAAUGCAGCACUAAUUGUUGACUCUGUAAUGACUUUCCAUAAGGAUCUGUCAGAGGAAAAUUUUAAAUUUAUGUGCCAGGUGAUAGCCGAGUCAGGUAAAACCUAUACAGAAAUCAUUGAUAAAAGCAUCAAGUUCAUGAGGCUCCUCAACUCCAACAUUGUUGACAAAGGAACAGGAUUCAACACAGAAGACAGAGUGGUGUAUAGAGGAGUUUGCACAGAAAUCUUUAGUAAUGUCAAAUUAGAGAAGCCCUUCAGGAUAGUAAAUUGGAGUUGCUGAAGUGAAGAUUUGCGUGAAGCUAAGAAAUUCGCAAGAUACCAGUCUUCUGUAGAGAAGAAAGCCAACACUAUAGUAAAGUUCAAUAUCAAGAGUGGAUGUUAUAAUGCUGGCAAGCUUAAUAAAAUUGGAGUCUCCUGCUUUAGAUAUGAAAAAGAGACUUUAAUCCCACCUUAUACUAUUGGAGAGAUCAAAUAAAAAGAAGAAGCUUCGUAACACCUUAAACAGUCUCGUCCCUAAUUCUUCUUCUGAUGCUAAUAAGACCAGCUAUGAAACUUUUUCAGAGUUAUUUGAGGGAGAUGAGACUGAGUCAGAAACAGAAAUCACCCAUUUGCUCGAGGUAGACAUUUGAGUUGACAACAAGUCUUGCAAUUUAGAAGUUGCGAGUGCAUGCUAUUUCUAGCUAAAUUAAGCCAAGUUCAAC